AUGAGGGCAGCGCUGCCCCGGCACCCGCUGCCCGGGGGGGGGUCUCCAGCAGCCCCUUUGCGCGGCGCCGAAGGGCCCACCAGCCGGGCCGGGGUGGACGCUCCCCCGCCCGCCCGUCCAGGCCUGCCCUGCCCUGCCCUCCUCUGCAGGGAGGGCCCCCUCUGGCGGGCGCUGGGUCCGCCUCAGGGAGACCCCCGGGCCGGGGCGGCGGCCGGCGGGCCGGGAGACGCCGUGGCCGCUACCCCGCCUUCGCCCCCUCCCAGCGGCGCGGAAGCCCCCAGCCCCGAGGAACCCGCGCGGCGCUCCGUGCCGGAUACGGCCCCCGCGGGAGCUGCUCUGCUGGGAAAGGGGCGGGAUGGGACCCGGUGCCGCAGCGCCGCCCCGGCGGGGAGGAGGGGACCCGGGCCGAGGCUGGAAGCGGAGGAGGUGAGAGCCGGGGAGCCGCGCAGGCGGCCGCCUUUUGUCCGCAGGGAAGCAGCGGCAGCAGCAGCAGCAGCGCCGCCGCCGCCGCCGGGGACGGGACCGGACCGGACCGGACCGGACGGGACGGGGCGGGCGGGCGGGCGGGGGGCACCGGGCGGCUGUCACCCGGCAUCGCCCCCUCCCUGCACUCGCCUCCCGGGCGCGCCUGGCCCGGCCGGACUCCCUGGGCGCGCGGCGCGCCACGCCGGCGUUGCCAGGCCGGUCCCCGCUCGCCCCCGCCGGUCUCCGGAGCUCCCCGCCCCCGCGGCCUGGCCGCGCUCCCCCUCCGGACCGGCGAGGCGCGCGUUCGGCGCGGGGCCGGGCUGCGGGAGCGAUGCCGGGCGGAGGAGGGCGCGGGGUCCGGCGCGGUGGAGCUCUGUGACGCAGCCGCGCUGGCCGCCGCCGCCGCCUGCUCCGCCUGCCCGCCCCGGGGUAAGUAGCGGGGUUGCGGAUCCCUCCUGCGGUGGGGGGGUCUUGGUGGUGGUCGCGGGGCCGCGGGGCGAGGUCCGGGAGCGGAAGCGCGGCGGAGGAGCCCAGCACGAUGUUGGGGCGCGGGAGGACGCCAGCGGGCCGGCUUGGCUCCCACCAGGCGGCUUGCCGGGGCAGGCGCCCCCCCCCCUCGCCCGCUUGCAUGGCUUCCCUUUCCCACGAAGGAUCUCGCCACGGGAAGGGCCGGGCGCCGCGCUUGCCUCGAGGGGGAGACGCGCCCGUCUGCAGGACCUCCUGGCUCCCCGCGUGCGCUCUCCCCUGCCUCGGUUUGGGGCCGAGGCAGAGACGCCCCCCCCCCCCGGUGGCUGCCUGGACCCUGGAAAAGGCCGUUUCCCCAAGUACUGCCCGACCCGUUUCCUCUUUCCUGAAAGCACGCGUGAAACGGGCCCAGCAGAACGGAAAUCUUUUGGACGCCUUCCUAAAAUUCAGCCAGCAGGGGCCCGUCUGGCCUCUGGGCGCCACUUUCCUCCCCCAGCAACAGGGCAGGGUUUCCCAGAGAAAGCCUGGUGGGCGGGACCUGGGGCAUCUCCUCCAGGGAAGCCCCCGUGGCUGGGCCGCAUCUGUUCGGGGCAGGAGAUGGUCUGA